ACUCAGCUGUUUGGUGAGCAGCUUGUACUAGUAUUAUUAGUAGUUCUCUGUAGUAGCUGUCCUCCAUGGUCCUCUGCUCCCGACAUAGGGUUUAGAGCGUUGUUGGAGUCGCAUUCCGCUCAACUUCUUCGCCUUUGUGUCAGAUCUCCUCAGCCGGAUUUGAAGUGUUUUAGAACCUUCGCCAUGCUCAAGCCCAAGGCGCUGGCGAAAGUGUUGGAACAGACAAAUACUAAUGGAGUUCGAAACACAGUUCUUCUAAACAGUGAAGGCUCAUUGCUGGCGUUUGCCGGUGAGGACGACCGCGAUGCCAAGGUGCGUGCCGCUAUCUCCUCCAGCAUCUGGCUGUCCUACGAGAAGGCCGGCAAGCAGUUUGCACCGCCAGGCCACAUGACCCAGAUGAUACUGCCAUGUAUGGACGGUUCCGUUGUGAUCAACAGAGUUCCCGGUGGCCUACUGUGCCUUUUUGCUGGCAAGGGUGUCGGGCUGGGCAUGCUACGACUCAAGGCUGACAAGAUGGCGGCGCAUCUGGAGGAGCCACUGAAGAAACUGGGCACGUAGCCCGCCGGCAUCAGCACAUCAAGGCUGCCGUGUGUGUGUGUGUGUGUGUGUGUGUGUGUGUGUGUGUGUGUGCACAUGUGCACGUGUGCGUGCCUGUGUGUGCGUGUUGACGACAGCGAGUAGUAAAGUACCGGUAUUUUACUACUCCCGGGUUGGCACUGCUUCUUUCCAGUGAGAUUGCAGUGGUGACCUAUGUGCUGUCCUUUCCUCACUGCUACCCUUACUCCCCCAGCUCCAGACCUUACUCCCAGAGAUAUCCGGCUUCUUUGCUUUGUACUUUGCACGUUACAUUCCGGCAUCUGUGUGCCUAGCUUGUGUGCGUUUUUAUCCGUUUAUGCUGCUGCUGCUGGUUCAGCACUUCUGAUCGUGGCUUUAUUGUUAUUAAUUAAUUUUCAAGUAGUUUUCUGAAUAUCUUCUUCACCCCAGGUGUUGGGUACUUGUAAGCGAACGGUAUGGGUUUGCUUCACCAUCAUUGUUACCCUACUCAGUGUGGGUACUGUCUUGUUUUCUCAUCUCUUUCAGUACCCAGUGA